ACAACUAUUCAACUCCUAGAAGCUGCCAAUCAAUCAAUUGAUGAUAUCAUGAAUUUCAACAAAUUCCUUCUCCUUUCCUAACUUACUUACCUCUUUCCUAAGUCAUUUCUCCUUAUCAUUCUUUCAUACUAUUAAUAUCACACCCUUUUUCUCCUCCUCAUUUUUUUCUGUGAAUUCAGAUCUAUCUUCUCAUUUCCCUGGUCUACACUUUCUAAGUCUGAACCAUGGGUGGUGACAACACUGAGAAGACCACUAUAAUGGUGCUCAAGGUUGAUCUUCAGUGCCCUUGCUGCUACAAGAAGGCCAAGAAAGUUCUCUGCAAAAUGCCCCAAGUUAGAGAUCAAGUGUAUGAUGAGAAGGCCAAUACUGUCACCAUUACAGUAGUGUGCUGCAGUCCUGAAAAAAUUCGUGACAAAUUGUGUUGUAAAGGAGGAAAAGCAAUCAAGAGUAUUGAGAUCAAAGAGCCUGGGAAGCCCAAGCCUCCUGAAAAGCCCAAGGAGCUCGAGAAACCCAAAGGGCCUGAAAAGCCCAAAGACAAGCCGAAGGAGCCUGAGAAAGGUAAGACUGUCACCUUUGAAAAGCCCAAGGAGCCCGAGAAGCCCAAGGACAAAACAAAAGAGCCCGAAAAGCCCAAGGACAAAGCAAAAGAUACCGAAAAGCCGAAGGACAAAGUAAACGAUACCGAGAAGCCAAAAGGACAAGAAAAGCCGACAAUAAUCGACAAACCUAAACAAAAAGAGCCCGAAAAGCCCAAGGACGGUCCUAUAGCUGCCAUGGUGGCAACGCCGUGGGUAUCGGAGCCGGUGAUGAUGAUGCCGGUCCAAGGAUACCCACAAGCAACAGCACAUGGAUGUGGUUGUGGGCAAUGUUACUAUACUGGGGGCCCAUGUUAUCAGUAUUACGGAACGCCGGUACCACAAGCCCCGGCCCCAUAUUACGGUAACUACUCGUAUGGAUAUGGGCCUGGCCCUGGCCCAUUUAGCUACGGAAAGGGACCUUAUGUUAACGGUGAAUACUUUAGUGAAGAAAAUGCUACAGGUUGCACAAUUAUGUAAUGUGACCCAAUCAUUGUGGGCCUACUUUGUACUUUCUUUAUUGGGCUUCUAAAUGUGUCCAAAACAAAGUUUUGGGUCCAUGUGAAUGCUUAUUAUUGUAUUCAUUAAUUUCACAUACGAUGUACAAGGUAUAGUUUUCUUUUAAAGUAAAAAGUGCAGAAAGAGAAUAAUAAGUAGGUGACCAAACGGCUUAACUGUCUAGUUAUAUAAAUCUUCUAUUAUUGCCCUACUUUAA